UUGGAUAAGGUACUUAACAGGGACAUGGUUGAGCAAGCGACGAAAGAAGAGGAGAUGGAGCAGAUAACCGCAAGCGAGAUUGCAGGGUUUGGAGUGGGGACUUUGCUCUUAUGUGCCACCCUUGCUGCCCCAAGAAUUGAUGCUUUUAUUUCAGCUUCACAGAGAAGUUCUCUGGGUAUGUGCAAGAGAUGUGGUGAUCUGAGGAUGAUAGCCUGCUCCAGAUGUAAAGGACUUGGUUCAGUCAAAUCUGGCGGACCGGAGAGUUUUAACCUUAUAGGUGACUUGUAUGAAUCACUUGGUGGUGAAUCAAAGAUGAAACCUAUUGCAUGCACCAAAUGUCAAGCUAGAGGUCAUUUCUCUUGCCCGGAUUGUUCUCAAAUACCAUCAGUCUGAUUAGCUUCAAUUUUAAAAAGAAAAGAAAUCCCAUCUCCCCCUAAUGCUCUAUUCGAAACUUGAUAUCGAUCUUAACUCUCUGUCUAUAGUAACUAUUGUUAUUAUCAUUGUUGUCUGGAGAGGCUCAUCAAACAUCUGUGUAGAAAAUAGAAGAUCUGUAAAAGUAGCAGAUGCUUCAUUCUGCCGAAUUGUUUAUGCCGCGACAUUAGUUGGUGAGUUUUUGGAUGCUUGUCCUUUUUAGCAGUGACUUGAUUUGGUCUUCUAAGCCUUUGUACAAAAAAA